AUGGAGGCAGCCACGGCUCUGGAGGUGGCCUCAGGAUCCACACUGAAGGUGAAAGAAGCCAGCCCAGCCGAUGCCGACCGACCUCAGGCUUCACCUCAGCAGGAGGCUGGCAGCCCCAUUCCCCAGCUGCUACCCCCCAUAGAAGACGAUGGGAGCAGUCUUCCCAGCCAGAGAGAAGGCUGGAUCUGCUGGGUGUUGCCUGGGUCACCUGUGCAUGGAGCACAGCCGGAUGCAGUAUCUGCUUCCUCUAAGCUCUCCUCUUCCCCGACAGGAGGCUCACCACUGAAUUUUCUCUCUUUCCUUCACUCAGAGCAUCCCAAAAUCUGGCUUCCUCGGGCCCUGAGGCAGACCUAUAUCCAGAAGGUUGGAGAAGCUGUGAACCUGCUAAUCCCAUUCCAGGGCAAACCCAGACCUCGAGCCAUCUGGACGCAUGACGGCUGUGCCCUGGACACCAGUCGUGUGAGCGUGCGGCAUGGGGAGCAGGACUCCAUCCUCUUCAUCCGAGAGGCCCAGCGUGCUGACUCAGGUCGCUACCAGCUCCAUGUGCAGCUGGGCGGGCUGGAGGCCACUGCUGCCAUCGACAUCCUGGUGAUUGAGAGGCCGGGCCCUCCUCAGAGUAUCAAGCUGCUGGACGUCUGGGGCUCCAGCGCUACCCUGGAGUGGACACCUCCCCAAGACACGGGCAACGCGGCACUGCUGGGCUACACGGUGCAGAAGGCUGACAUGAAAUCUGGGCUGUGGUUCACGGUGCUGGAGCGCUACCACCACACCAGCUGCACCGUCUCCAACCUCAUCGUUGGCAACUCCUAUGCAUUUCGAGUCUUUGCUGAGAACCAGUGUGGGCUCAGCGAGACAGCCCCCAUCACUGCUGACCUGGCCCACAUCCAGAAGGCAGCUACCAUUUACAAGACGGAGGGCUUUGCCCAGCGAGAUUUCUCUGAAGCCCCAAAGUUCACCCAGCCUCUGGCAGACUGUACUACAGUCAUUGGCUACGACACCCAGCUCUUCUGCUGUGUCCGCGCCUCCCCCAAGCCAAAGAUCAUCUGGCUGAAGAACAAGAUGGAUAUCCAAGGCAACCCCAAGUACAGAGCCCUCACUCACUUGGGAAUCUGCUCCCUAGAGAUCCGCAAGCCUGGUCCCUUUGAUGGGGGCAUCUACACUUGCAAGGCGGUUAACCCUCUAGGGGAGGCGUCCGUGGACUGUCGGGUGGACGUGAAAGGUAAGGGCAGAACUUGCACCUGAAGGGUGUGAUCACCUCCUCUUUCCACAGGUGGAAAGGUCGAGGGCAGAGACACACACCUAGAUGGAGAAGGGCUCAUUUGGCUUCUCCUUCAGGCCUUCUCAUCACUGUCACCAUCAGGAUGUAUUUUUUUAUCCACUAUCUCAUGUCUCUCCAUCAUAAUUCUGUAAUAUAGGAAGAAUCGCUCUUUCCAUUUUGCAAAAGAGAGACCUGAAGCAUAGGAAGGGGAUCAAUCGGUUUGCCCAAGAUUUUUACCACCGGUUAAUUGAGGAGUUAGCGCUAUGAUGGAAGGAGGCCAAGUCUCCCAGACAGUACCUGGACUGUUUUUCUUUAAACUAUACAAUCUUCUUAUUCAGUCCAGAAAAGCUAUAGUUCUUUGUUGCGGUUUUAAGCAAACCAGAGGACUUUCAUCUCCGGUGUGUCAAAAGGGAAUAUUGC